AUGGCGGCAACAAUUCACUUAACCACACCACAGUCAAAUCCUGCACAUCCUCAACAUGUCCAACUACAAUCUGUAAGAGGUCGACCUGUUUCAACUCCUGUUCCUAUGAAUUAUCCUCGAUAUCCUGAAGUACCACAUCCUCCACCAGUAACUCAAAGCUCCGCACGAAGGGGUAACAUGUUUGGUCCAUAUCUAUUGUUGCAAACUUUGGGUGAAGGAGAAUUUGGUAAAGUUAAACUUGGGAUGCAUGUAGACACUGGUGAAGAGGUCGCAAUUAAACUUAUACGUAAAGAAUCUGUGGAUACUCCAUCUCGACUUACAAAAAUUGAAAGAGAAAUAGGAGUAUUACGG